AUGAUCCAAUGGCUGGACUAUAACGACUGCUUCCUUGCGGCCGAAUGGGGCCAUCUGUCCGACAACCUGGGCUCGAUCCUGGCCGUCGCCGACUGGCUGAGUCGGACGGCGGUUGCCGAGGGAAAGAAGCCGCUGAAGAUACAUGGUGGACUGGUUCUAGAGAACUCCUUCAACCGAGUUGGUUUGGAUCAUGUCGUGCUCGUCAAGGUGGCCAGCGCAACAGUGACGAGCAAACUCCUCGGUAGCGGAUAUUUAGUUGUUGUGGACUGGAUCAAAGUUUCAUCGAGGAACUGA